AAUUAUCAAUAUUGUGCGCAGGGCUUUUCAGCAACAAAUAUGGCAACUACAGUCCAAGAAAUUAAAACAUAUAUUAAGAAAGCUCUAGAAGACCAGCGUUUUCUGAAAUGCGAAGUUGCCUUAACCGGUUCCAGCGAAAAUUCUGACGGAUUUGUCUCAGACAUUACCUUUGCCACAGUUUCGGUUACUACAAAGGAUGGCAUCGAGAAGACUAUUGAAGUGGCUGUCAAAAGCAGCAAGAAAAAAUUAAUCCAAGCUAUUCCAAGACUGUACGGUAGAGAGGCAUACAUUUAUGGGGCCGUUAUACCGGCGUUCACGGAAUUUCAAAUGCAAAAUAACAUAAAAAAUGUUUUUAGCUCUGUCCCAAAAUGCUAUAGAACAAUAUCCGAUGAAACCGUAGAAAUUAUAGUUAUGGAAAACUUGAAAAAGAAUGGAUAUGAGUUAUUCGAUCGCAAAAAACCAUUGGAUUUAAACCAUCUUAAGCUUGUAUUACAAGAAUAUGGUAAAUUCCAUGCCAUUUCUUUUGCUUUAAGAAAUAAAAGCAGAUGUGAUUUUGAAAAGUUGGUAACUAAUUUUGACGAAGUUAUGACACAUUUCUGUAUGAAAUCUUUCAAAAAGACGAUGCAACAGUGUCUCGUAAGAGCCUGUGAUAUCGUUAAGGAAGUAGGUGAAAUGAAAUUAUACGAGAUGUGUUAUAAAAUUGUGGAGAAAGAUGCUUACGUUGCUAUGAUUGAAAUUUUGGAAACCGAAGAGCCCAUGUCGGCUAUUCUUCAUGGUGAUGGUUGGAGCAACAACUUUAUGUAUAAAUACGAGGGCUCUAAGAAUCCAUCAAAACUUGCUAUCCUGGAUUGGCAGCUUUCUCGUCUUCAUUCUCCAGUUUUGGACUUAUCAUACCUCAUCUACACUACCUGUUCGGGGGAAGAAUUAAAACAUUUCGACGAGCUACUGGACACCUACUACGCCAGUUUUUCCGCAUUUUUAACAGAGUUAGGGUGCAACUCAGAAAGUCUGUUUCCUUAUUCAGCCCUACUAAGGCACUGGAAGAAGUAUUCCUUAUUUGGGUUGUUGACGGUAAUUAUGUAUUUGCAUUUGUUUCUCUGUGAAACCGAAGAUGUACCUGACUUAAGCCAAUGCAAGAAUGAAUCAGAAUAUAUAGAGCAAAUGAUGGAUAUUAAGAUUACAGAUGGACAUCAAUAUCGGAAAAGGAUUAUUGCCGUAAUCAACCAUUAUUGCAGCUUUAGCGACACAUGA